CAUUUUGCGGCUGCGGCUGGAUUUUUGUGUACGGAAUUCGCUGUGCCUUUUCCUCUCGCUGAACCAAUUCGCAGAUUUCCAAUCAUGUCGAACGCAAACGUUACUACCUUCCUGGCGGACCAGAAAAAAACCACCGAUAAGGAGCUGGCCGCCGAGUGGACGCAAAUCGAGGAGCUGUACAACGAGAAACUGUGGAAUGAACUUACGAUCAAGCUGGACACAUUCGUGAAACAUCCGUCGCUGCAGAAUGAGGAUGCUUUGCUGGCGCUGUACCACAAUUUCAUCUCCUCUUUCGAAACAAAAAUCAACCCGUACGGUUUAGUGGAAAUCUUGACCGUGGUCAUAUCGUUCAUUUCGGAUAAGAAGGAAGCGAUUGCAUUCCUCGAAAAGCUCAAGGAAAAGGUGAAAAUUUGCGAUCAGGCCGUAUGGAUGUGCAAGGUUCUGCAGGGGCAGAUCUAUCUGGAGCACCUGAACCAGCUGGAUGAGACGAAGAAGAUCAUUGAAGAUCUGAAAGACAUUCUCGAAGAAGCGGGCAACGUAACGCCAGUCCAUGGCAAAUAUUAUAUGCUUGCAGCGAACUAUUACCGAUUGGUCGGCCAGCAUAGCGAUUACUAUCGGUGCGGGCUCCAGUUCCUGGGAUGUUCGAUGGAUACGUACCCCCGGGACCAGUGGGCCCAGCAAGCGUUCUGUCUUGGUUUAGCGGCCCUGCUUGGCGAAGGGAUCUACAAUAUCGGAGAAUUGCUAGCCCACCCAAUUCUGGAGUCGCUGAAUGGAACCGAAAACGAGUGGCUCGUGGAGCUGCUGCGAGCGUUCAACUCGGGCGACAUCGUAAAGUUCGAGCAGAUGAAACCGAAAUGGAGCUCUAUCGCCGAUUUGGCGGCACAGGAGGUGAAGCUGCGCCAGAAGAUCUCUCUGCUCUGCCUGAUGGAGAUGACGUUCAAGCGGCCGGCCAACAAGCGUACCAUCACGUUCGAGGAGAUUGCCAAGGAAGCCAAGCUACCGAUCAAGGAGGUCGAGAUACUGAUCAUGAAAGCGCUGGCGCAAGGACUGGUGAAGGGUGCGAUCGACGAGGUGGCCGGAGUGGUGAACAUGACCUGGGUGCAACCGCGUGUGCUCGACCGCAAACAGGUGGCCGGUAUGGCAUCGACGCUCGAUACCUGGAUGUCUUCGAUCACCUCCAUGGAACAGCUGAUCGAAAGCAGAGCGAGCGAAAUCCUCACAAACUAACUAGCCAAUGCCGGUCCGGGACUCUCUUGAUCCGUGUACGCUCUUGCAGGUUUUAGGGAAGGGUCAUC